AUGUUAGUAUGCUUGUUAGGAACGGUCAUUCUACUAAUUUUUUCGAAUGAAAUAUGUAUAGAAGCUGCUUCCGCGGGAUGUAAAGGUUGCCAGCCUCCUUGCAUUUGCCCAGGAAAAAAAGGUGAAAAGGGUACACCAGGACUCACUGGCAAACAUGGAUAUCCAGGGCCACCUGGUGAAGACGGCCCCGAAGGACCAAUUGGUGCCCCCGGAAUGCAAGGCGCAGAGGGAGAUUACGGUGAUACUGGCCCAAAAGGAGCUAGGGGUGACAGGGGAUUCCCAGGACCGCGAGGCAAUCCCGGUAUUCCUGGACUUGACGGCUUACCAGGACUGAAGGGAGAGAUGGGUUUACCAGGAUGCAAUGGAACAAAUGGCUACCCGGGAAUACCUGGCAUGCCAGGGACUCCAGGACCACGUGGUCCUGUGGGCGAACCUGGAAGAGCGGGUAUUCCUGGUCCACCUGGAGAAGGUGGUGUCAAUUCUGUUGGAAGAAAGGGAGAGCAAGGGGAAUCAGGACGACCAGGAAGAGUCGGGAUUGCAGGCCAACCCGGAGUCAAAGGAAUUAAGGGUUCCAAAGGAGACAGAGGACCAUAUGGUCCACCAGGAUUUCCGGGACCAACAGGACCGAAAGGAAAAAUGGGAUUGAGAACACCUGGUGUUAAAGGGGAAAAGGGCUUGUCAGGUCCUCCAGGCCCUCCAGGACUUCCGGGUAAUUUUGCGGGUGCUUCUGCGCCGGAAGAAACGGAAAUACUACAAGGACCUCCGGGAGCGCCAGGUGAGAAAGGAGAAAAAGGCCGAGACGGUCCUUUGGGUCCUCCUGGCGCGCGUGGUCUUGACGGUCCUCCUGGAUAUCAAGGAAUUAAAGGGCAAAAAGGCGAUCCUGGCGACGCUGGGCAAAGAGGAAAAAGGGGGAAGGACGGUAGUAUGGGUAUGAUUGGUCCCAAAGGCGAAGGCGGAGUUGCAGGUGUUGAAGGAUUCCCGGGAUAUCCAGGCAUCAAGGGAGCAGCAGGAGAGCUAGGUUACCCGGGAAGAACAGGAAUAGAGGGUGAUCCGGGUCCGCCAGGAGAAUUUGGAGUUGGCCGUGGAGAACCUGGGCCUCGCGGCCCACAAGGACGAGAUGGCUUACCUGGAAUAAAAGGAAAAAGCGGUAUUUUUAAGGCUGAGAUAUUGCUGUAUAGUGUUUCGUGCUAUUCCGCUUCCCUGUCUUGUGCAUCUAAUAAAAAGGUGAAACAAAAUUGUCACACUUCAGGGAGCAAUGGAGAGCCUGGUCCUGUUGGAGCGAGGGGCCCCGUUGGUCUUCCAGGUCAGCCUGGAAUUCCUGGCUUUGAUGGACCUCCUGGAUUUUCUGAAAAAGGAGACAGAGGAGAAGACGGCGAUUCCGGAUAUAUUGGAGAGGCUGGAGUCCCAGGUGAGCACGGACCACCAGGAGUACCUGGAGAGCCAGGAUUUCCAGGACUGGAUAUCGAGGGUCCUCCUGGAUUUGACGGAAGACCAGGUAGGGACGGCUAUCCUGGAAUGCCUGGAGAUGUUGGAGAUAACGGACCGCCUGGAGUUGCCGGUUUUCCUGGUACUGGAGUGAAGAAAGUUGGUCCAACUGGAUUGCCCGGCUUCCCCGGGCUUCCAGGAGAAAAUGGUCGUAUUGGUAUGGACGGUCAACCAGGUCUGCCCGGUCCAUCAGGGCCAGUGGGAGAUGACUGUGGAUACUGUCCGGACGGCUUUCCAGGACUAAAAGGAGACUGUGGGUCACCGGGUUCUGACGGGUACCCCGGCCCUCCUGGGCCCGAUGGAAGUCAAGGAGUGACCGGUCUAAAAGGAGCUGCCGGUCAACCAGGUCCACCAGGCCUAGAAGGGCUUCCGGGCAUGGAAGGGUUACCCGGUUUACCAGGAUUUCCAGGUUUGAAAGGAGAAGCUGGUGAUAUUAUUGGACCGAUAGAAAAUCCACAAGGGCCUGACGGCGAAAAAGGAAGUCGUGGUCUUCCUGGGCUACCUGGUCCACCUGGAAAAUCAGGAGAAAAAGGUCUCCCAGGAUUACCAGGACCUGAUGGAGCCCCAGGAGGUGACGGGUUUCCUGGUCCUGUAGGUUACCCGGGUCCAAAAGGUGAACGAGGGGAUACCGGUUUACCAGGAAUUCCUGGAAGACGCGGAAAGCCAGGGCUUAUUGGAGUUGAAGGACUACCUGGAGAAAAAGGAAUGGAGGGUCUACAGGGAUUAGAAGGGCCUAAUGGUUUUGAAGGGGAGAAGGGCGUUGAUGGUAUUCAUGGAGUUCCAGGAGAAGAAGGACAGCCGGGUGUUCCUGGCCUCGUAGGAGAACCUGGAACUGAUGGCUUUCCCGGUAUGGACGGAGAGGUAGGUGAACCAGGGCUUAUUGGAAAUGCUGGGUAUCCAGGGCAAAGAGGCGAUAAAGGCGAAGCAGGUAUAUUUGGUAACCAAGGCAAACCUGGAGAAGUUGGUCUACCUGGUGUGCGAGGUGCUCCAGGUCUCCCUGGACAAUCCGGAGUCCCAGGUGAAGAUGGGCUUCCAGGGUUAAGAGGGCUUCCAGGAGAACCUGGAUAUAAAGGACAAACUGGCAUGCAAGGCAACGAUGGAAGCCCUGGUCCUGUAGGACCACCGGGCCUUCCUGGUACCGACGGUUUUCCUGGAAAAAGGGGUGAGCGUGGUGAACCUGGCGAAGCAAUUCCAGGUCACCCUGGUUUGAAAGGAGCACCAGGCGAACCGGGACUGAUGGGUUUACGCGGUUCUGAUGGUCAACCUGGAACACCAGGAUUUUUAGGAUUUCCUGGCCCUAAAGGAGAGCCUGGCAAUAGCGGAGCUCCAGGAAGUUCCGGUGUUGAUGGCCAACCUGGGAUACAAGGAAUCCCUGGAGACAGAGGAGAACCUGGUUUACCAGGUUUACCUGGCGUUAUUGGAAGUCCCGGGCUCAGUGGAAUUCCUGGAGCUUUUGGUGAAAGAGGGAUAUCAGGCGAACCUGGGUCGAAUGGGCUGCCUGGAAGAGCAGGAAGGCAUGGAAAGAAGGGAGAAAGAGGCGAAGAAGGAGUACCUGGGAUGCACGGUGCUCCUGGACUGCCAGGACCAAUCGUAAUUAAUUACUUUUACUUAAAGGGCGUACCAGGAAUACCAGGUUUACCUGGCGAAGAAGGAUUACCAGGAGCAGAUGGGAUACCAGGAGAAAAGGGCGAACAAGGCAAUGCUGGAAUUCCUGGCCUUCCUGGUGCUGACGGUCCGCCUGGAAAAACAGGAGAAAGAGGCGACGACGGUAUCCCUGGAGUCCCAGGCCCGGAUGGAGAAGUUAUUAUGAGUGACGAAGGACUGCCAGGAGUACACGGAAAAGAUGGUCUUCCGGGAUUGCCAGGACACCCAGGUGCUAGGGGGGAAAGGGGACAGCCAGGUGUCGGUGGUGCAAAGGGUGAAAGAGGUGAGGACGGGGUUCCUGGAAUAAAAGGCGAGCAAGGUCUCCCGGGCAUAAACGGCAAAAGAGGUUCAAACGGUCUUCCUGGUUUACCAGGUUUGGUUGGAAUUGACGGAGAAAUAGGGUACCCAGGAGAACAAGGAGAUGUUGGACCAGAAGGCGUUAGAGGGCUCAAUGGUUUGCCUGGCUAUCCAGGUGAACCAGGGACUCCCGGUAUCCCUGGUGCACCAGGAUAUCCUGGAGAUUUCGGUUUUCCAGGAAUUCCUGGUACGCCUGGACCAAAAGGAGAGAGAGGUGAUCUAGGAAAGCCAGGGUCACCAGGCCUCCCUGGAAUUCCAGGAAGACAAGGUGUAAUGGGACUCCAAGGUUUACCAUUUGUACCAGACAUAACGUUCUUCCCAAAAGGAGAAAUAGGAGAUAUUGGACCCAGAGGAGAAAAGGGAUACCCAGGAGAAACCGGAGAACCAGGUUUGCAAGGACCAUCUGGACCGGCUGGCUAUCCAGGCCGUCCAGGUCCACCUGGCAAUCCUGGGCUUCCUGGAGAAGCUGGAGAUGUAGGAGAGGACGGUAAUCCCGGUUCUCCUGGACCAAGUGGACGGCAAGGACAGCCAGGACCUCCUGGUCCACCGGGAUUUGUGGGUCAACCAGGUGGACCAUCACCGGAAGUCGGUUUUAUAUUUGCUCGUCACUCUCAAACGACAGAGAUUCCGACGUGCCCUUUCAACAAAAAACCGCUCUGGACUGGUUACUCUCUGCUAUACGUCCAAGGAAAUGGUCGGGCAAGUGGUCAAGAUUUAGGACAACCGGGAUCAUGUUUGUCAAAGUUUAAUACAAUGCCAUUUAUGUUUUGUAACCUCAACAGUGUCUGCCAUGUAUCAAGUCGAAACGACUAUUCUUUUUGGCUUUCAACAGCCGAACCGAUGACUCAAACGAUGAAUCCGGUAUCCGGAGCAGCUAUAAAGCCAUAUAUUUCGAGGUGUGCUGUCUGUGAAAUCCCUGCUCAAAUCAUUGCCGUUCACUCACAAGACACUGCAAUUCCAAGCUGCCCUCAAGGAUGGCGACCUUUGUAUGCAGGAUACUCAUUUGUCAUGCACACUGCAGCGGGGGCAGAGGGCACUGGCCAGAACCUUCAGUCGUCCGGUAGUUGUUUGGAGGAAUUCCGAGCCGUACCAUUCAUCGAGUGUCAUGGGCGAGGAACGUGCAACUACUACGCAACAAACCACGGCUUUUGGCUAGCCAUAGUUGAUAAGAACAAGCAAUGGCGAAAACCAAUGUCACAAACGCUGAAGGCGGGAGGGCUAAAAGACCGUGUAAGCCGAUGCCAAGUGUGUCUCAAAAACCCAUGGUUUGCCCUAUCUUUCAAUCUCAGUUCUAUCCAGCAGACCCUUCUAAAAAUCAAUUAA